CAUUUAUAAAUGUAUUGAGAUAUUCUAUUUUUUUUUAUUUCUGUUCCUGAUUGAUUUGCAAAUGCAAUUCGGAAAUGCUCAAUGGCGGGCUGACACUUAUCUUAUAUCUUAGCGAGACGAUAUUAUUAAAAUCGACACGGUCUCCGACUUCUGGGCACAAAGGAUGCGGUUGUUAUUUCCCUCGAGUGAACAUCGAUCCGAUACAAGUUUCAAUUUAACAGUGCAUUUCCAAUCAACGAGGCUUUACCUCUACGAGACGUUCCUGGCGGGCGCAAUUUUCUCGGAGCAGUUUUCUCGGAUCAGGGAUUUCCGCCGCCAUCAUUUCCGAUUAACGAUACUACGUCGAGUAUCUCUUCUAUUACAUGUCUUAUGAUUCUUUUCAAUAAAUCCACAAAUAUAGUAUUAUAUUUACAAUUUAUGAAAAAAAAAAAAAUCAUCUCGUCACUUUUAACUAUGAAACCUUUAUUCGAUGACGAUAUUGGAAUUUUCAAUUUGAUGUUAAUAAGAAUAAUUGUUAAAUAUCAAUGACACGAUAGAUCAUAAAGCUAACGCCGUUAAUAGAUACCGGAAAUAGGAAUUAGAAAGACGGGAGGUAAACGUAACGGCUGCGGGCCGGACUUUUGCUCCAGAUGAGAUUUUAAUUCAACUUCGGCCGUUAAUCCGCCGCCGGUACGGAAACGGAAUUAAUUAAAGCUGCUUAACGGGUAAGACGGGCAAUUAUUGGAUUUACAACGCUAUCGCGCUUGCCGGGAUUAAACUGAUACGCCGAUGAAUCGUUCGGCCGGCGUCGCCGGCGCUUCGACGGCCGCAGCGUCGCCGGCUUAAUGCACGCUUGUAUGCAUUGUUCACGUAAAUCCCUUUCUUUUUGUGCGUCACGUAUAUGUAUGUACGUCGCUACGUUUGAUCGCACAGAUUUUCGCCUCUCGCUACGUACAAUGAAGGAUCGAUUUUUUUUUAACGCUGACCGAAGCAUCGACUUGUUUCUCCUUCGGCGUUCGUGCCCUCUUAGGAGGAUGCAUGUUUUAGAGGAAUACAUAUUCCACGAGGCUACGUAAAGCUUUAGGUGCACGUAUACACGAGAAAAUAACUUUUGACAAAAUACACCGAGAGAAAAGCGUUUGAUACUUGUGACUAUAAUUGAUUGGUAAAAUAGAUGGUUUUUUAUAGUUAUUGUUCCUAUUUUUGUAAUAAUUACCUCAUGUUUACAGUUCUUCCGAAUAUGAAAAAAUUUUAUCACAAGUUGUUAUAUUUAAAUAUUUUCAAAUAUUAAGAUAUCGAAAAUAAAAUGUCGAAAAUAAAAUGAACAUUUCUACCUAGUAAGUAGAUACAAUCACAAUUAUAAUGAAUAUAACUAUUAAUUAUUUUACUAUUUACAUUUACGUAGUAAUAACGAUGACUAAUAAUUACAAUCGGUAUGACGAAACAACUAUAAAUAUAUAAAUAACAAUUGUCAUCGAAAAUGACUGUAAAUUAAAUUAUAGUAAUUGCAAUCAUUUUUUUUCCUCUCAGAUGCAACAUUUGUAUGCAGCGCAUAUCGCUUUUCCGAAUAUUUAAACAAAAUGUCUACUAUCUCUUCUAUAAUUUUCCUCCGUCUUGUUACUGCGAAAGGCAGUAUCCUGGGAUACAGUUUGCCGCUUCAAUAAUCUCAAAGUGCGCAACGUUAACGAGAUUCCAUAUAAUAGAAGAACGGCCCGUGGCACGCCUCUGUGAAACGGCCGAAGUUUUCGACCCCUCGUAAUUCUGGAUCAGGCACGUUUUGCCGGAUGCAAAUAGCGGCAUGCGCGUUCGCGUUUCGCCCGGCCACGAGGCUCCAGACUCAUUAUCGUGUUCCUACGAACAUGUCGAAUACCGCGAUGUCCCGGAACAAGAGAACGUUUGCCCACGGUUCGUUGACCGGUGGGCCGAUGGCCGGCGCGAAUUACUUGGGCACAGAACGGGGAAUGGAUAUCGGAUACGAGCCGUGCUUCCCGACGACGCUCCAUCAGCGACGACACUGCAGCACGUUCGCCAUGUCGCGGCUGCCUUUUUGGGUAUUCUCAACCGUUGGCCUCUGGGCGAACUUUUGGUCUUGCCAAGCGAUACUGCUGUAUCCCGAGAAUACCUUGUUUCAGUUUACUCUAGGUAUUUCGAUGCCGGUGAUGAUGACGAAAAGAGGCGGCAUCGCCUUCUCCACGGGAUUUCAACUCAACUUCGCUCUGCCGUGGAACUUGUCGCAGUUCGAACCGACGAUAAUUCCCGCGAGACACAUCAGAGAUCUCGAUUUGCAGGAAACUUACGUCGUCAUUGAGAACCUCUUGGACGAACACGGAUGGCGGGAUGGUAGGCAGUGCCUCUUGAGGACCAUCUGCGAGCUCGCGGAGACGCCCCUCCGUAGGACCCAGCAGGACGUCCUCGGGGAAGCGAUCCAUCUAAUUUUAACGCCCACGGAGGACUUGCCGGUAGCGAUUAAUUCCAGUCACCGAAGCGCCAACAAAUUGUAUCAGGAAGCCGAACGACUGGGUAGGUCUGGCGGCAAUUGCGUCCUAACGUAUCCCGACUGCAGCGAGUCGCCGUUAGAAUCAUUUACAGAGAUUGUAUUCCCUUAAGCAAUCGAAUCGUCGCGAUCCGCCUUCAUUUCCUGCGGGAUUAGGACACACUCGAAUCCCGUUGGACGUUUAAUUGCGCGUGUCAUUUUUAUCAGUAAGAAUCUUAAUGUGCCAAGCAAUCUCUUCUUUGCGAAAUUACGCUCUAAAAAAGAAAAAUUGUGAAGCGGAUGAGAUACUUUUGUUACGAGAUAAAUUUGAUCUGUGCAUUCACGCGAAUGUGGAUGACGAUGAGAACCUUCAGAUUGCAAACAGUUGCGUUGUUUGUUCGAAACAAAUGAGGUUUAUUUGAAAAAAAUGCGCUUUAAAUACAACAGCAACAUUUUAUUGUUCUUGUUUUUAUGAAAACAACAUGUGUCGUUUCAUUUGUAUAGAUGUAUGUAGUAAAAAAAAACUGAAAAAUUUAUAAUAGAUAGAAAAUACAAUGGAGAUGCGAUAACUGUA